AUGCAGCUGACCGGCAAGGUGGUGCUGUCCGCAGCCGCUCUGGUCCUGGUGACUGCAGCCUACAGGCUGUACAAGUCGAGGCCUGCCCAGACCUCUCCGGGGGGCAGGAGACCCAAGCCCAAGGGGGAGGAGCAGGAGGAGGCGGAGGACUCGGACUCGGGACACACAGCCGUCGGGAGCACUGCUCCGGGAGCACCCCCCUGGGGACUGAGACACCGGAGGGGGAGCACGGCGACCGGAGCACCACCGGGCUGCAGCUGGGAAGACGCGGGGAGCUCCCAAGUCCUGGCAACAGGAGCCUCCCCCAGAGCCGGGACGCCUGGGAGAAAAGGCGCCGGUGAGGAGCCGGGCGGGCUGUGCCCAGACUUUGACCAGGCGCCUCCUUGCUGCAGCAGCCAAGAAGCUGGGACAGAGGCUGGCGGUAAGCCAGAGCUGCCCCACCGCCCCCAUCUGGGCAGCGAACCGGACCGGUCCCCAAGUGGCCGCGCUGUGGCCGAUGCCGGCGCUGCAGGUGGCGAGCCGGCGCCAUGGCGGGACAGGGGAACCCCAGAGCAGCCGGGGGCUGGGGAACAGGACUGUCCCCUCCAGCGCCGGCUGGCCCACGCGGGAGGCGUGAGCGACACGAGCCAGAGCUGCGCCUACCCUGCAGUGACAGGACUCGGCCGGGAGGAGGACGGUGCCCUCCAGGCUUCCUCAGACCUGGCCCUGCGUCAGCAGGCAGCCGCCGCCAGUGCCUCCUACACCUUCUCCUCCGUGGCCCGGGUUCGCGUGGAGAAUUUCAGCCAGGAGAAGGUGGAGGGCACCAAGCCCAGGCUGAAGGGCAAAGUGUACAAUUACUAUGUGGAAUCCACGUCUCAGGCCACCUCCACCGACAGGCGGACCCCCAGGACGGCAGCCUUGGGGGAGGCUGCGCCCCCUGUGCUGGGCCCCCAGGGAACAGGGCCCCCCUGGGAAGACCAAGCCCAGGGCCCAGGAGCUGGCGCCGAAGCAGCGGCCUGGCCCCAGCCUGCCUCGCCGCCCCCUCGGCGAGCCCUGAGCAGGAAGGAGAGCCUCCUCCAGAUCGUGGAAAACCCAGAGCUGCAGCUGCAGCUUGAUGGCUUUGGGGCACCUUCUCCACCCGGCGCAGACCAGAGCCCUCCGCUCAGCUCAGACCCUCCAGGGCCUCUGGGGUCCAGCUCAGCCGGAAACAGCGGGGCGCCCCACGUGCAGCUGGUGGCAGGGACCAACUUCUUCCACCUCCCGCUCACCCCUGAUUCGUCCCCAGAUGUCCGCCUGGAUCUCGGCAAUUGCUCUGAGGUGCUGAACUUGGCCAAGAGGCAGAACCUGGAGGCGCUGAAGGAGGCGGCCUACAAGGUCAUGAGCGACAACUACCUCCAGGUCCUGCGGAACCCCGACAUCUACGGGGGCCUGAGCGGGGCCGAGCGGGACCUGAUCCUCCAGCGGCGGCUCCAGGGCCGCCCGCAGCUGGUGGUGGCCGACGUGUGUCCCCAGGAGGACGCUGGCCGCCUCUGUCGCUAUGACGACGAGCAGGACGCCUGGCACCCCCUGGCCCACCUACCCCCUGAGGCUGUGUCCCGCGGCUGUGCCGUCUGCAGCCUCUUCAACUAUCUGUUCGUGGUGUCUGGCUGCCGGGGCCCUGGGCGCCAGCCCUGCAGCCGCGUGUUCUGCUACAACCCGCUGACGGACAUCUGGAGCGAGGUGAGCCCGCUGAACCAGGCGCGGCCGCACUGCCGGCUGGUGGCCCUGGACGGGCGGCUCUACGCCAUCGGGGGCGAGUGUCAGCACACAGUCGAGUGCUACGACCCCCGCCUGGACCGCUGGACCUUCGUCCCGCCGCUGCCCAACGACACCUUCGCGCUGGCGCACACGGCCACGGCCUGCGCGGGGGAGAUCUUCGUCACGGGGGGCACACUGCGCUACCUGCUGCUCCGCUUCUCCCCGCGGGAGCAGUGCUGGCGCGCGGGCCCCGCGGCGGGCGGCAAGGACCGCACGGCCGAGAUGGUGGCUGUCGACGGCUUCCUCUACCGCUUCGACCUCAACCGCAGCCUGGGCCUCGGGGUAUACCGCUGCAGCGCCAGCACCCGCCUCUGGUACGAGUGCGCCACGCACCGGACGCCUUACCCAGACGCCUUCCAGUGCGCCGUGGUGGACAACCGCGUCUACUGUGUGGGGCGCCAGCGCACGCUGGGCUUCCUGGCGGACCACGUCUCGCCCAGGUUUGUGCCCAAGGAGCUGCGCCACUUCCCCGACCCACAGGGCACGCUCCUGCCCACUGUGCUGACCUUGCCCAGCCCCACGGGGCCUCAAACCAGAGUCUAG